CGCGCCCGCCGGCCCAGGCGCAUACUCACACAGAUCCACAACCCGAUAACACCAUGAAAUUGAUCAUCCUGGCAGCGGUUCUAGCCGUAGCUGUGGCCCAGGGCCCCUUCCGUUUCCAGCCCAACUACCAGACUUACCAGCAGCAGCAGGCUUACCAGCCCAGGCCCAGGUCUUACGAGGGCAACGCCAGGAUCCUGAGGUCUGACGCCGAGGUCAACGAUAGGGGAUUCCAUUACGCUUUUGAGACGGAGAACGGCAUCCAAGCCGAAGAGUCAGGCCAAGAAGCUAACGGCAUCCAGGCUCAAGGCAGCUACUCGUACACCGGCGAUGAUGGCCAGGUCUACCAAGUCCGAUACACCGCGGAUGCCAACGGAUUCCAGGCUCAGGGUGCCCAUCUGCCUACUCCACCACCUGUCCCCGAGGCUAUCGCUAGAGCGCUAGCUGAGAACGCUAGGGAUGAGGCUGCUGGGAUCUUUGAUGAUGGUAGCUACCACGGCGAAGGCAACUCUGGAGUAGUAGCCGCCCGCACUUUCCCCUCCAUCCCCCGGUACACCCCCCCUCAGACCCGCCGCUACUUCUGAUUCUUCUGAACAACUCUUCUGAGUGCCAUAUGGCUUAGUCUUAGUUAUACAGUGAUGCAAUAUAGGAUAACAGUGAUAAAAUAAAGUUAUCUAAUGUU